CACAUACGACACUGGACAAAGUAAGUAACUAUGUUUUGGGGGGAUUUCUAGUCCUGUUGGUUAGUUCAUUUACUCAAAGUAGAAAAUUUGAACAAACUUGUGUCGUUGUAGUUGUUGAACGUGUUUGAAUUCGAGGUGACCUCUAUUUACUCCCGAAUUAUUAAUCAUUUUGCAGUUAUUUACGGGAUAUUCGCAGCUCCUUGAGUAACGAGGUCUUCAAAUCAUAAUAAUAACAACAAAACCAACAACAACAAUAACAACAAAACCAACAACAACAAUAUUAAUCAUAAAUUUAAACAAUGCCAACAUCUCAUCCCUUGACUGGAGGACCGGACCCUGAAAGUCUUUUGACAUGUCCGUAUAAUGCAUCUCAUAGACUGGCUCGCAAACGUAUGCAAUUCCAUUUGACAAAAUGUCGCAAAGCUUAUCCCUUAUCUAAAAAGCAGACAUGCCCCUUCAAUGCAACACACCUGGUGAACGAACAAGAAUUCCUGUUUCACUUGGAAACAUGCUCGAACAGGGGAAUUGUUGACAAUUUCACGUACAUCACACAAGAUGAAAAUCAUGCAAUACAAUCUCUGCCAGAGCCGGAUCUUCCUGACAGUGAAGAGAAUUGGGAUAAUGAUAACUGUGGGACAUAUGACGCUGCUGUCAAUGUGGCAGAAGCACCGAUAAUACAUACUUUGAUUGGUGCUACCCCAAGUGAACGCAAAAAAUUUAGAGUACAAGAACGACAAAGAUUCCGAGCUCUGGAUGAAAGUAUUUCAGUUGUCAAGGUUGAACCAAAGGCUGCCAAAGAAAAAGAGUUUCCUGAUGAUCAGCCCCUGAGACAGCCAACUACUCUGCCAAAGUCUCUCAGCUCUCAGUCAUCUGCAGGGGGUGAUGCAGCCGGUAGUUCAGGUGGUCAGAGCAGCACUGCUUUACAUACUGAACCUCAACCAGGACCAUCUGGCCAAGAUGAUGGUUUUGUAGUGUACCAACCAAAGGGGCGUGGCAAGCGUAGACAUUAAACGGCGAAAAGCUUAUUGACAAUGAUCGAAUUAAAUUUUCGGAGCGACACUUAGACUACAUUUUAUUUUCAUUCAAAUUUCAAAUUCAUCAAGUUUUUACUUACCCUUAAGGUCAGUAGCAUAGAUCUCGUAUCAUUAGGUAGUUGGUCACUCCUAUUAUUUGUUAUUAUCUCUGUAUUUUCGUUAUGUUACUGUGUGUUGCGAUGAUAAUGAACCGUGCGUUUAUGGCACAAUGAUUUUAUGGAAAUUAUGUUAAUUUUGACUUGAAUUGAAUUUUUCCUAUUGACCAUGAAUUUAUCCAUAUGACAAAAAAAUAUACUUAUAUUUUGCCAUUAACCUUACCUGCGUAGCGUUAUUUUUUCAUGUAAAUAAACUAUUUAAUUAUAGUUUACAAGGGACCAGACCUGUUGGAUGCCAGAUACGCAAAGUUCGAAAACUACACACUACGAUAUUACAAUAUGUUUAUCUACUUGAAUUUGGAAUAUAAAACUUCGUUGCUUACUCCAUAA